CAGGCGGGGAUCCCAAAGAAGACUGGCUCACCAGAGAUCAAAUUAAAAAUAACCAAAACUAUCCAGAACGGCAGGGAAUUGUUUGAGUCCUCUCUGUGUGGGGACCUUUUAAAUGAAGUACAAGCGAGUGAGUAUGCUAAGGCGAAACAUGAAGGGAGAAAAGAGAAAAGGAAAAAAAGUAGCAAGCACGACUCUUCCCGGUCGGAAAGACCAAAUGAGAGGCUUAGCAUGCAGUCAGAAAGGCCAAGAGAAGAUGCCGUGCUGGAGGAGACCCCGGUCCAGCAGUUCUUGCCUUCUCUUCCAACACAAGUCACCCACGACAUCAAGUUUCAGGUUGGCGAUCUGGUUUGGUCCAAGGUGGGAACGUACCCGUGGUGGCCUUGCAUGGUUUCAUGUGAUCCACAGCUUGAUGUUCAUACCAAAAUUAAUACGAGAGGUGCCCGUGAAUACCACGUUCAGUUUUUUAGCAACCAGCCAGAGAGGGCCUGGGUGCAUGAGAAGCGGGUUCGCGAGUACAAGGGACACAAACAGUAUGAGCAGUUACUGGCUGAGGCUGCUAAGCAAGCCAGCAACCACUCUGAGAAGCAGAAGGUAUGAUGGCCGAGGCCGCAGAGGGAGCGUGCUCAGUGGGAUAUCGGCAUUGCCCACGCCGAGAAGGCGCUGAAGAUGACUCGUGAGGAGAGGAUAGAGCAGUACACCUUCAUCUACGUCGACAAGGAGCCCGAGGAGGCGGCGGCCAAGGCCAAAAAGACUGCGGCGUCCAGGGCGGAGAGCAGGAGGAGCCGGCGG